AUGGUUUGCUUUUCUUGUUUUCUUGAUCUGCUUUCUAAGAGGAGAUUGUUACGGAUUUGUUUAUUGAUAUGCUUUUCGGAUAGUAGAAAUUGGGAAUUUUUUGGAUCAUUAGACUCUUCUUUUAUGGAUCAAUUCAAUUAUCAAGAAUUUUUUGAUAUGAUUCUUCAUUGGAUUAUCAAGACAUUCGUUUCUGUUUUGCAGCGAGUCGGGAUUCUUGAUGUAAUGGAUAAGAACAGAGAACGAUUGCUGAUCGUGUUUUUUAAUGGAUUUGUGUUGCAUCUUGAUACGUUAUCUGGAUUCUGGUACGUUUUCUUAAUGGAUUCAUUUUCUCAGACUGCAGACCGUGUUCUUCUUAGAUUUUUUCUUAAUGGAUUUGCAUUGCUUCUUGAUACGUUUUCUCAGAUCGAUUGUUUUCUUAAUGGAUUUGCGUUGCACCUUGAUACGUUUUCUCAGAUCUUAUGA